GGAACUUCUGCAUAGCGGAGUUCAUGAAGAUGCGUCUUCAUUUCUCUCUCUGACUGCUGAGACUGAAGUAGCCGACCUCUGCUGAGAUAUCAGCCCCACAUCUGCAGACACACAAUGUCUCCUAACGCCUCCCUCCACAUCACUGAGACUCCCCACAGCGAGCAGAUGAAGACUGUGGACAUCAAGCCCAUCAUGGAGAUCAUCUCCAUCGUCCUCUACACGCUGACCGUUGUUCUCGGUAUCACCGGGAACUCCAUCGUCAUCUGGGUGGCUGGAUUCAAGCUCAAGGCUAAGGUCACCAACGUGUGGCUGAUUAACCUGGCGAUAGCCGACCUGAUCUUCUGCUUCACACGAGUCUUCUCCGUCAUACAGAUGCUCUUCUUCAACUACUGGCCCUUCAGCGUCUUCCUCUGCAAGUUCAACGGCUUCUUCAAGUACACCAACAUGUUCUGCUCCGUCUUCCUGUUGGCUGUCAUCAGUCUGGAUCGGGUGCUCUGUGUGUGGCGGCCCAUCCUCACCAAGCAGCACCGCACCAUGUGGGCCGCCAGGUUAGUGGCCGUCUGCGUGUGGAUCGCCGCCAUCAUCUUCAGCACGCCUUACUUCAUCUACCGUAAUGUGUCCUUAGGGAAGAACAACCUAAGUAAGUGUUCUGUAGACUCAACAGAGAACAACGGCACCAGACUGGCUCUCUACUCCAUCCGUUUCCUGUGUGGCUUCUUGUUGCCUUUUAUGGUCAUCCUCAUCUGUUACAUUCUGGCUGGGCUUCGCAUCCGAAGAAUGCGCCUGUCAGGGAAGUCCCGCCCCCUACGUAUACUAGCAUCAUUAGUGAUUGCUUUCUUCCUGUGCUGGGCGCCGUACCACUGCGUCCUGCUGGUGAAAUUGGUGGACAGGAAGAACCCCAUGUUGAAAAUGUGGCAACCCUUGACGUCCGGCAUCGGCUACUUCAACAGCUGUGUGAACCCGCUGCUGUACUUCUGCAUGGGUGUGGACGUUAGGAAGCGCUUCAAGCAGAGUCUGUCCGGUGUGUAUAAAAGAGCUUUGGCAGAUGACAUAGACGUACAGACGACGCAGUCAAACGAGAUGUCUUUGGAUGACAGGGUCCAAAUCCAGUCUGGCUAUAAGGGGAGUCAGACGUCUGUGACUAAUUUCUGAACUGGGACUCAUUUUUUAUUAUCAAAUUCCACAUACUCUGCAGCAUUGCAUGCAUGCUGCAGUUUUGCUCCUAUCAGACGCACUGAUGUUUUCCUGAAGUGAUGCACAGCCCUAAACAGCUGUUCAUUCUGUUUUUUUUUUUUCUUUUUCCACAGUUGAGAAGUUUAGAAAGUUAAAAGCUUUAUGUUUUCUAGAGAGAAUGAGUUGUAUCAAAUAAAACCCUGUAGUUUUUCUUCUCAGAAGUGAACUCUUUUCCAUCCAUGGUGUCAUGUGACCUCUGACUGACUGAUGAGCUGUGGCUUGUGACACAGGAUGGGAAGUUGAUAGAGAAAAAGGUCAGGGGUCAAAUAUGGGAUUAUAUUAUGUUCAGACCCAUUUUAGAAGUCGUAUCAUAAACAGUAGCUCACUUUAGCUUUUUAGCAAUGCUAGCUUCAUAAUUAACAUAACUACAUAAGCCAUCUAAGCUAGGUUAGCUUUAGCUAAUGAAUUUUAGUGCAGUGAUCAAAGCUUACGUAAAUACGUUUCCUACGUAGCUUGUGUGACCUUAGCUUUAGCUACAUUCGCUAUGUAGCCUAUCUAUGUGGCUUACGCAGUUAACAGAGCUAUGUAAGCUAUGCUUGCUGCAUUUGAGUUUUUUCGAGGAGGGCAAGCUUUUUCAGUUAGCAGACUAUUACUUGGCUUGUUUAAAUGUUUUGUAAUCAGGUUUUGCAGGUCAGGUUAUAAACUUUAAACUUUGUUUUGUUGCUAUUUGGGUCGAUCUGCUUGACAUGUAUUCGAACAUUUUGCAUUUAUUAUUACACUUUUGAUAUUUCUGUAUUGGUAAGUUGUAACUUGACUUGAGCUUUUCAAGUUAAAGCUUUGUUGUCAACUGACUUUUCAAAGUGCUUUUUACACCCCAGAUCACACUUACGCACCCAAUCACACCUCCUCACAAAGUGUUGGGGAAGUAGUAUCAGAAUAAGAGAUGUGUGACUCGACCACUAGCAAAGUUCAUUCUUCCUCUUUUUUUAGCUUUCAGAAAACGGCGUCUGUGUCCUCAGCCAGACAAACGUCAGUCAAUGUCCUCCUUUUUAGACAAGUGAGUCUGAAGAUGACGGCUGCUGGGACAGACAACAAACAACUUCUGAUGGACAACUAGCUAAAUGAGAAUAUGUAUUAAAUUAAACACAGCUAAAAAUAAGAAUUACUGUGUAAAAGAGGGGGCAAAAAGACAAUAAAGUUGUCAGU